GAUGCUCAGACGGUUGAAACUUCUAUGAAAUUAUGACGUUUACUUAACACUUACACCGUCUGGGCUAUCAAAGUCGCUGCCAACUUAGCUUGGUCUGACUCUAAUCAUACAUGAAAUUCGACAAAAAAAGUCUACGUUGCAUUUAAAAAUAUGCAAAUCGUCAAGUAGGUUUUGCGGCAUAAACGGCCUAUCUUUUUUUUAGGUAAGUAUGUUACCUUAGAAGUUUUUUUUUCCACAGCUUUAAAGGAAUGUUAACCUGAGUAUAUGGUUUUCAUUUCAACUCGAUACCUUCACGCUUUCCCGAGAUAAAGGGUCCUGACAGACAGGUAGACAGACGGACGACAAAGUGAUAAAAAACGAAUUCUAUUAAUUACUCGUAUUUGUUCCAGCGUCCAAAGGCCGUGGCGUGAAGAAGAUGGGCAUGGCGAUGAUGCCACUGAUCUUCCACAUCGGGGCUACCAGCACCUGGAUGUUGCUAACAACCGUACUGACCGCCAAGUCAUUGGCGGUGGGGCUCAUGCUGCUGGUGUUCAAGAUUGCCGUCAGUUCUGCUAAGUUGGCGGCAUUCUUCACUCAUCUGAAGCACAGCAAGCAUGGCCAUCACGACUGGACCCCCUCUUGGGUCCCUCAAUACGAGCACCAUGAUAAUCAUAUAGAGCACCACCCCGACCACCAUGGUACGAUAUCCCACCAUAUACCAGAAUGGACACCCAACGACAUACCACACUACUUUCGCGAAUACAAAAACAUCGAUCACGGUAUCACAAAUGAGAUUCACGAUUUCAAAAACAAUGAGUUUCAUGAUUUCAAAAACAAUGAGUUUCACAAUUUUAACACACACGACAUUAAUGACUACAAAACGAUACCCACACGUGGCAUCCACGGUUUCGACGAUGUCCAUGGUGAUUUUAAUCAUUUCGAAGGUGCUAAGAAAAAAAUUGACAGUGAAGUAGGGUAGUUUUUUCUUUUUGGAUAUUAAGACAUCGCCGAGAUCGAUACUCUCCAAUGAACAAUUCAUCAAUUAAUUAAUAUAUCAAUGAAGCUCAGGAUCAAACAAAUUAUAUUAAUUUCUUCGUGAUAAAAAAUAACGACUAAAAUAA